AUGUUCGAGCGGAGCUCUAGUUAUACAGGUGUGAUCUACAACGACUCCUCGUCGAUGGCCUUUUGGGUUCUCUUGAUCUUGAAGAAGCGGAUGCCGCCCUCCGCCGGCGGGGCCGGCCUGGCUCAUCUCCAGCUGGCGCUGCUCGCGGUGGAUCUUGUACGCUCUGUGCAUGCCACUGCAGCAGGUGAGGAAAAACACAAUCAGCAGACACACCAGGGCUGCCCAGGCCAUGCCGAGCAUGGACGGGCCGACCUUGGAGGUCAUGCCGGCGUCGGAGAACUUGUUUCUCACCAUCACGGAGACGGCAGUCUGGCACGAGACACCGGCAGCACAGAAAAGGACGCUCAGGGACACAAAGAAAAUGACCACCUGUUUCAUGGUCCACCAGCAGAGCUGGAACAGCGAGCAGAUGAAGCUGACGCCGGCAAACACCAGCGCAAUCAGAAUGAAUGGGAACGAGAAUCUCGAGAGGUAGUAGUAGGUAUCUCUAUUGGUGACAAAGUCCUGGGGCAACAAGGUGGAGUUUCCAAAGUUGUCGUACGGAGAAAUAGGCUGGUCAGGACCCAGGUUUGUGCAGUUUCCGUUGGAGUGGGAGUCGUAGGUCUCUGGGUUGCAGAUUCCCCAAAAGGUCCAUCUGGAAAUGUCUCCGUUGGCAUUCAGGUUGGAGGUUCUGGCCUGGACCCAGUAGAACUGGUUGAAAGGGAAGGACGAGACCGAGCCGGAGAAGACAAUGAACAGCAGGAGCAGGGUAGCACCGGCCAGCAACAGCAAAGUGAGCAGUCUGUUAAGAGAAGUGAGCAACAUGGGAAUUGA